AUGCCCAACGAUGAAAGUUCCUUGACGACCACUCAACGCGAGAUCCUAACAGAGCUUCAGAAGAUCUUGAUGACAGUAGACCAAUUGAACGAUUCGUUACUCAAGACGAUAGCGCUAGCGAAGGAAGGUGGGGAGAUGCGGCGCCUGCAGAAGGAGGUUAUCACUACUGGCGGAAAGGUCUUUGGAGAUGCGCUGGGCAAAGAUGGACUGGAUGUGGCCGAUAAUAUGGAAGAGGAUUGA